AUGAGCAGAUUUCGAUGCUGCCGGCAAUUUCCUGGAACCGUCAUGGUACGACUGGUCGUUCUGGGAGAAGAUGGCGAAGAAGAUGUUCCCUUCAUCGAACAGAAUGGAGCGAGUGGCAAAGGCAGACUUAACCCAAACAUGAACCAGUUCACAGCAGCACUGUCAUGCUACCCGAUCGUGUCUUUGCUUGCGAGCUACAUGGACCUCACCACGCUAUCUGAUCUAUCACAGACAUGUCGCCAGGUUCGCGCGAAUUUGAUGCAGUACAGGUCCUUGCUCAUAACCAAAUCUCUACGCUGCGAGAACGAGGACACCAGCCCAGCUGCACGCCUUGGCAAUGCGUUACAUGCCAGUCAUGCUGUAUGGACAGCGUACGGGCAGACUGGGUUAAAGGUUGGCCGCAUCACUAGUGGUAAGGUCGGUGCAUGUGCACGAGACAUGGUAGCCGAUUGUCGUAAAUGCGGUCGUAUUAUCUGCAGAAACUGUGUCGUCAAAGCACCGCCUACUUCUAUCAUGAAGUUUCGGCACCGCAGACUAUGUCGCACAUGCAUGAAGUCUCCACUCCCAGAGCUCAUGAACAUCACACGGACAAUCGAGGAAGAUGGCACAAGCCACGACGAAACCACGCCUGAACGUCGUACGUAUGCACGGCCACCAUGCACGUGUGAAGACUUUGUCUGGGUCUGCCAGCCGUGCGGGCAAACUAUGCGUACUGAUGACACGACUUACAUUCGCGGAUGGAAGUGGCGGGCGAGGUACUCACACUGCGGAGGUAUGGGUGCAGGCUUGGGAGAGGCCAACGAGGGCGUAGAGUGCGGUCGUAUCACCGACUGUCUUGCCACCAGGAUGGUUGAGAAGGAUGUCGAAUGCGAUGCAGCAGAGCUAGCAGCAUUAUGUGCUGAGACAGCGAAAGCUGAGAUUGACGGUCGCCACUGGAAUGGGAGCAGCUACUCAACACAAGAAAUUGUUGGCAUCGGUGGUAAGGUGAAGACCAAAGUCAAGAAACAAAUACCAGUCGGCGCUAUCGUCAAGGAAUACGAGGACGAACGAGACAACGAAAAGUUCUUGGAUCGCGAGCAAACUGGGGCGAAUCGCAGCUGGUGUUCUUGGUGUGCGCGCGUAGUGGCAGGCAAGAAAGACCAGGAUAGUGCUACGCGAAGCACAGACAGUAUUGCAUCGACAAGCUCGUCAGGCACAGUCUGA